AUGCCCGUCGGAAGAAGUUCAUUUAAGGAAACUUCUCACGCGACACAUGCCGCCGCCGCCGAUUUGGAUGGACGUCUAGAGGCCGGGCUCCCGCUCAGUUGGUUUCUUGUCCGUCUUUACUCGUUCUCUUCGCCCGCGCAGCUGUUGGCAGGUGGGUAUGAGAAACCUAGUUGGGUUGGGGAGGACGGCAUGCGAACGUUGUCACGGUACUGGUGGAUUCGAGCCAGUGCGAUACUCCGUACGCGGCCGUUCAAAAAGGCCAUGCAUCAACGAGGCGAUCUAGACCUCAUCUUCGAACCACUUGGUCUACGCUUCUAUAAUCCGGAGAAGCGGCUGCUUCCUCGGCCCCUCUCCGGCGUGGUGAUUUAUCCUCAACAGGCAAUGUACUUUAGCGGCCUACAGGAGUUGCUGGAUACUCUGCACUUCUAUCUUCAAGUGGCGAGUUAUCCCGAGACGGGACAGAUGUCGCGAGGCGCAGGAUCAACAUUCGGCAAGUUCCCUUUGGCCCCGGCUGAAGUUUUGGAGCCAGUCACUUUCCGGGAGAGUGGCGUAUAG